CGUUCCUAGUUGAUUUGUUUCUGACCGGUGUGUUUAUGCAGACGGACAACAUCACCAUGCCGAUUGUAGAAGAAGACGGGAGCACGGAGUCGGAAAAAAGACCAGUCAACGAUGGAGAAACCGACAUGCGGACGCUGUCAGGCGCGGUGUUCCUGACUAUGGCAGCCUCUGCGGGGAUGAUCGCUGGUUUUGGCUCCACAGUAGCGAUGGCCAAAAAGAAGAGUCCAAAGUGGUUCAGUAAGGGCAUGGCAGCGCAAGAUAGCGGCGCCUCUCUGGCGCUCCGAGCGCUGGGUUGGGGCUCCCUGCUGGCCUGGUGUGGCGUUGGUCUGCUCAGCAUCACAGCGUGGAAGGCCCUGGGUGUGCACAGCGCCGCAGAGUUCAGGCAGAAGAUGCAGACCUUCUUCCCAGCCAUCCCAAAGACCUCGCAAGCGGCUUCUGCCUCAGAACCAAUAGACUGGGAUUCUGUGUUCAAGUCCAAGUGAUCCGGAUCCUUUUGAUUGCUUUUCAGGUCUAAAGGACUACUUUGUUUCCAAUCUGGCUCCAUCAUCAGGUUCUGGACUGUGAGGUUUUAUGAGAUUCUGUGAAGAUCAAGCUCCGUCAUUGGACUCUAAGCGUUGAGAUAUGAAGGAGUUUAUCAACAUCCGAAUGCUCGCUCCUCUUCCAGGAUGGAUCAGAGGACAGCCGGUUCCACAUGGACUCUGAACCAGGAGGAUGUUUGGAUCUUUUGAUAUGUCACUGUCUCAGCUGUGCUCAUUAAACAUACAUGGACUCGUGUUGUGGAAAUGCUGCCAUCACUUGUUUCCAUAUGUGAACAGGAA